CUGGACUCGGAACUCUUCUAGGGCUUCCGACGAUGGGCCGCACGCACUGUCCGCCGUGGAAAUCCUCCUCAGUCAAAUUCGCGUCGCCGAGGCAAGAACAUUGCCGUCCUCACUGUUUGAGAUGCGCGUCCGCCUAGCUUGAGAGUCACACCUUCUAUAAACUUAGUGGAGCUAGAAGAACUGCGGAGGAUGCAGCUGUACCUGGCCGCGAAUCCGUGCUGAGCUCUGAUAUCUGGAACCAAAAGGAAGCACCAUUCAGCCGCGUAGUUCUUCCCGUAAAGCUCUUUUCGAGGUGUCCGUCCAAGUGGAAAAACGAAAAGUAGCAAUACCGCGGAAGCCCUUGAAGUGUCUACGAAAAUCGUUAAAAAAUAGAAAAACACUCGGCGAGUAUGUCACGACGCGCUUGAAGACCCACUGGCAUCGGGGGAGUGAUUGGGAUUGAAAGAUAUCUGGCCCACAGCCCACUACUCUGCUAUUGCUCCCACCAAACUUCAAACUCAGGGUUCGCAUGGACAAAGGCACAAUGAAGCGCAAGCAAAGGAGAUACAGAACGACAUUUAACACGCUGCAACUCCAGGAGCUGGAGAGGGCCUUUCAGCGAACCCACUACCCGGAUGUCUUCUUCCGCGAGGAGCUGGCCGUGCGAAUCGAUCUGACGGAGGCCCGGGUGCAGGUGUGGUUCCAGAAUCGACGGGCCAAGUGGCGGAAGCAGGAGAAGAUCGGCGGAAUUGGGGGAGACUACAAGGAGGGUGCCCUGGAUCUCGACGUAUCCUACGACGAUAGCGCUGUCUUGGGUCAACUGGAUACGGCAUUAGCAGGUGGAACACUUCUGCCCGACACACCACCACAAUCUUCCAACUCUCUGGACAACGAGCUGAAGGCGCCAUACGGCCCCACGUCCAUGUCGCCGUCCAGGCUGUCGCCGAAUAUCUUCCUGAACCUGAACAUCGACCACCUCGGUCUCGAAAGGGGCGGCAAUGGGCUCUCGAUGGAGUGGUCCACCUAUCCCCCCCAAAGUGCAGAGCCACCGCAGUCGGAGCAUCCCCUCCACCAGCAGCACCCGCCUCAGCAGCAGCAUCCCGGGCAGAAUCAGCAUCCGCACCACGACAACAUCCACCAGCAUGCGCAGCAGAAUGCCUUGCAGUCACAGGGAUUGGAGUUUGCCGCCUCCUUGGACCUGGAGCUGCCCGAUGGCUCCUCCGCCUACGACGAGAUGAAGUUCCUCAGCGUCGAUCAGUUCACGAUUGACAGCUUCAAGGCGGACUGCAUCCUCAGUAUGGAACAGCCCCAGAUGCAGUCGUACGUGGACAGUCACGCCCAGCUCGUCAGUUCACCCAGCGAACUGUGCCUCGAGGGCAUCGGGAUGUCCGCCUUCGGAAUUGAGGAUACGGGGCCCAAGACACCUCCCUCCCUCCUAGUGCUGGACAAAUCGCUGCCCUCCCUGAACAUCGGAGUCGAGGGCAUCGCUGACCUAGUGGAUCAACUGCAUCAUCAUCAGGAUUGAGGCCGGCGCGAAGACUCAUCACACUUAGGACAAUUUUUGUAGGCAAUCGUGGGGCAAUUCGGUGCAAUCUUAGUUGUAACUGACGCGGCUUCCACGACACGGAGGUCAGGAGCGUAGGGUGAAAUAGGUCAUGUUGUUGUUUUCCAGUCCAUGUCGAUAGCUUUAGCCGGUUUGGAAUACGAGGAAUCUGGAAACUAAAUGAGCACUAAAAUAUUGUAUCUAAAAUUUUUAAUUUUAGCCUCAAACAGUAGUAGAUUAAGGAUCUUGUGUAUAAAUUAAAAAGUAAUAAUAUUUAAAAACAGUUUGCUUAAAAUAGACAAAUGAGCUAUA